AUGGUGUGUGGAGUAUUGUCAAGAGAAGAUAAAGAUAAUUUAUUACAAAAACGAUUUUUAUUAGUUUCUGUUUUUGGUGGAUCAAUAGCUAUAUUUGGAAUCAUCGCAAAUGCAUUUUUAGCUGUUAUUUUUUUAUCAAAAAAGAAUUUUAGACACUCACCAUAUUUUUUUCUUGGGUUUGUUGCAUUAUUCGAUACACUCCUAGAUACAGUUUAUGUAAUGUUAAUGUGUAUACCAGUUUUGGCUGAAUUUUUCGAUAUAAAAAAAUUGUAUUUGAUAUGGAUAUCGUAUGCACGAACAACAUUUUUAUUUGGACAAGUAUUUAAAAUAUCAUCAGUUCUUUGUCUUAUACAUGCAUCACUAGAAAGAUAUACAUUGACGAGACACUGGACAUUCACCGGUUUUGAAUAUAAAACACGAUGGAUUUUAUUAAUAUGUGCAAUAUCUUCUGCCUUUUUUUUAAAAAUGUUAACUUCACAUGAUGUUGUAAUAGUUUUCCAACCCGAAUGUGAUUUUUAUAACAGAAUAAAUGUUGGGCAGAUAAGUAAAAAUAAUUUUUUAUCUGGAUUUUUAACAUUAGCAAUAACAUUUAUACCAUUUUGUACUUUAAUAUUUUUAAAUGGUGGAACUGUAAUUAUGUUAAAAAAACAAAAUAUUCAACAAUUAAGAUCAUUAAUAACAAGAUUAACUUUAGGACAAGAUGUUAUGGAAAUGAGAAGAAAAAAUUUAAAAGCUGCAACAUAUACAUUAUUAUUUAUAAUAACUGCUUAUUUGAUUUCAAAUUUAUUAAAUUUAAUAAUUAGUAUUAUUGAAUUUAUCUAUCCUGAUUUACUUCAAAUUUAUUAUCCAUACAUUUAUCGUUUAAUUGUUGAUUUGGCAUCAGUAUUAACAAUUAUUGGAAAUGCUAUAAGAUUUCCUGCACAUCUUUUUUCUAAUACAGAAAUACGAAAAGUAUUAUUAAAAAAUAUUAGUAAUACAGAGGAACCAAAUAUUGUUGCUGAUUAUAGAAGACCAUCACAUGUUGAUUCUCCAUGGUUUUCAUUAUUAUAUGCUGAACAGCCUUAUCAAAACAAUCUUUCAUCUCGAAAUUUUGAAUAUAUUGAUGCUCAUGUAAUUAGUAAAGCUACAGUUUGUUAA